GCAACGAAUCAAUAUAUAAAAGCUCCGACCGGACCAAAGGAAGACAGUUGAAUUUUCUGAGUGUUUGUCGACGAGUAAUUCAAAGAUUUUUAAAAUGCAGUCACGCUACAUCUUGAUCGCUUGUAUCUUUGCCAUCUCAAUGGCAGUGGCUUAUUCCGCAGUAGUGCCAUCCGAGAACUCAGACGAGAGCGAAGUCAACUUUUUAGAGUUUGACGAGACUUUGAACGAGAUCGAAACACGUGACUUCUGGAGCAAGCUGAGGGACAAGGCUUUAAAAAUCAUAAAAAAUCACUUCAAGGGUGCCACCGAGGAAUGCCUCAAGAAAGCCGCUAACAAGUGCAAAAAGCACUGGCAUAAUCCGGCCAAAGUAAUCAAAUGCGCCACUGACUUUUUCACCGGGGAAAUGAUUGGCUGCAUCGUCACUGGCUAGACGCCCAAUUACAACUGUAUUUAGUUUAAUUAUCGCCAA